AUGGGUGCCCCUCCAGCUAAGAGACCGAUCCGUCAGGUCGAUCUCACCCUGGAUGAAGUUCACGAAGUCGCUCCAACGCCCCCGCCAAAGUACCCGCGGGUCUCUGGACAGCGUUUUGGCCAGGAGACAACGUUUGUUCCUCUCAGCCAGGCAGCACAGGUCUCGCUAGAUGAAGACGAGGACGAUGCCGCAGCUGCAGAUCUGGUCCAGGGGACCCAAGUUGUCGAUGACUCCGCAGAUACCACGCAGCUGCAUUAUGGGGAUCUGAACACCAAGAUUGUUGGCGUCCGCUACUAUAGAGGACAGGCCACCAUUGGAGAACACGUUGUUCUGAAGAGAGAGCCGCGUAAUCAAUAUGAUCGAAAUGCAAUCCGGGUCGAUAAUGUCAUGGGGGCUCAAGUUGGCCACAUCCCUCGGACCAUGGCCGCAAAGCUCGCGAGUUACCUGGAUAACAGACUAUUGGUCGUCGAAGGUAUACUGACUGGGGUAAUUGGGGCUUACGAUUGCCCAAUUGUGUUAAAGCUGUACGGCCCAAGCGAUCCUGAGAGAAGAGAAGCUUUGAAACAGAAAAUGAUGCAGGACAAGCUGCCACUCAAUCAUCUCAAACAAGCCGAGCGUGAUGAGAUUAAAGCGCGGAAGGAACGGGAAAAGGCUAUGAAAGAGGCUUCCAAGAAAGCACGCAAGGGACAGCUGCUGGAAGCUGCAAAUAAUCUGGGCUAUACCAAUCUUGCUCAGCCACUCGGGGAGGGGAUCAUUACUGAAGAAAGCCUGGAUGAGCUUAUCAACCAAAGCAGUACAUUCAACCCCCGUGAGAUAGGUCAAGUGGCUGAAAGCUUUGGCUUGAAGGAGGCAGAUCUUGAGAACAUGCCCAUGGCCGACAAUCCCCCGUCUCUCACAACCACUCUCCUCCCAUACCAGCGUCAAGGCCUAGCGUGGAUGAUUAGCAAGGAGAACCCGCAGUUGCCAACCGGCGCCAAUGAUGUGGUACAGCUCUGGAAGAAACAAGGCAACAAGUUCACUAAUAUCGCCACGAAUUUCUCUACGACCACUCCGCCACCUCUUGCUAGCGGCGGCAUCCUAGCUGAUGAUAUGGGUCUGGGCAAGACGAUUCAAAUUAUCUCUUUGAUUCUCUCAAAUUCGGAGCCGAAGACAAAAGAAUCGUCCAAGGCUACGUUGAUCAUCUCCCCUGUCGGCGUUAUGAGCAACUGGAGGAACCAAAUUCAAGAGCACACUGAUCCAGAACAAGCACCGCGAGUGCUGAUCUACCAUGGCCCUGGGAAAAAGGAAGGCGCAAACUUAGACCAGUAUGAUGUGGUGGUCACUAGUUACGGUGCACUUGCGAUGGAAUACAAGCCAGAGAGCAAAGCCACUCCUGCAAAAGGCCUAUUCUCACUCAAAUGGCGCCGUGUUGUGCUCGACGAAGGCCAUACAAUCCGCAAUCCACGAUCGAAAGGUUCCUCCGCGGCCAGUGCUUUGUGGGCUGACUCCCGCUGGACAUUAACAGGAACGCCAAUCGUAAACAGCCUGAAAGACCUCUACUCCCAGAUUCGCUUCUUAGGACUCACUGGAGGUCUCGAAGAUCUUGGUGUCUUCAACAGCGUCCUGAUUCGACCGCUCAUGUCCGGUGAGCCGGACUCUCAUCUACUGCUCCAGGCCCUCAUGAGUACCGUCUGUCUCCGCCGUAGGAAGGACAUGAGCUUCGUGAACUUGCGUCUACCACCUCUCACAUCUCGAGUCCUGCGCGUCAAGUUCCACCCGCACGAGCAAGAGAAAUACGAGAUGUUUCAAUCCGAAGCCCAAGGCAUGCUUCUAGAUUUCAAAUCCAAAGACAAAACCAGCACCACCUACUCCCACCUCCUCGAAGUCAUCCUCCGCCUCCGCCAGGUUUGCAACCACUGGGCCCUGACCAAGAACCGCCUCGACAAGCUCGCCUCCAUUCUAGAUAAACAGCAAGUCGUGCCUCUCACCCCCGAAAAUAUCAAAGCCCUCCAAGACAUGCUCCAGAUCCGCAUCGAAAGCCAAGAAACCUGCCCCAUCUGCCUAGACGUCCUCGAAACACCCGUCAUAACCGCCUGCGCGCACGCCUUCGACCGCGACUGCAUUGAACAGGUCAUAGACCGCCAGCAGAAGUGUCCCAUGUGCCGCGCUGAAAUCGAAAACACUUCUACCCUCGUCGCGCCGGCCGCAGACAUGGGCGAGAACACAGACGACGUUUCCGCGGACCCAGACAACCCCAGCAGCAAAAUCGAGGCCCUGAUCAAGAUCCUCACAGCGCAGGGUCAAGCCGAGGGCACAAAGACCGUCGUCUUCAGCCAGUGGACGUCCUUCCUGAACCUCGUUGAACCGCACCUCCAAAAGGCGGGCAUCGGGUUCGCCCGCAUCGACGGCAAAAUGACCUCGCUGGCCCGCGAUAACUCGACCCACCGCUUCUCCACGGAUCCCAAGUGCACCGUACUCCUUGCGAGCUUGAAUGUCUGCAGCGUUGGUCUGAACCUCGUUGCCGCUAACCAGGCUAUUCUUGCGGAUAGCUGGUGGGCCCCGGCGAUUGAGGACCAGGCUGUUGACCGGGUUUAUCGGCUUGGCCAAACACGCGAAACAACUGUUUGGCGGCUCGUUAUGGAGGAUAGUAUUGAGGAUCGCGUGCUGGCUGUUCAGGAGCAGAAGAGGAAGUUGAUGCUCGCUGCAUUCCGGGAGAAGGCAAGCAAGAAGGUUGAUGACCGGGCGACGCGUGUGGCAGAUCUGGAGAAGCUGUUGACGUGA